CAGAAUACGUGCAUCAGACAGACAUUACCGCAGCGACUGUGAGCACAGCAACCACAAACGAAAGCACCUCACUGCAAAGCACAAUCGCUGCACAUGAAGUUAUUGACGGAUUAUCAGAAGUUAACACAGCCGAACUCGUCCAGCAGACAGAUAUUACCGCUGCGACUGUGAACACAGCAACCACAAGCGGAAGCAUCGCUACGCAAGGCACAAUUGCUGAACAGGAAUUUACUGAAGAAUUUGCAACGUUAACCGCAGGACUCGUGCAUAAUGCAGAUAUUACCGCAGUGAUUUUGAACACAUCAGUCACAAACGAAUUCACCUUACUGCAAGGCACAUCAGCUGCACUGCACUUUAGUGACGGAUUAUCAACGGACACCACAGGUACUAGUUCAAAUUGUUGCUGA